AUAAUAAACAUUAUUAUACAUAUCUGUGGUGAUAAUAUAGUCCGCAUUUCACUGUUAUCAACUUGUAAAAUAUUAUUUUGAUAAGAACACACACGUGGGCUUGUAAUUUGUAUCAUGUUAUCACAGCUGUCGGUUGUAUAGAGUUGAGUUAAUAAUUAUAUUGUUUUGUGAGCAAAUCGAUAUUAAUUAUUCUGUUAACGAUUAAGUGCAAUUUAUUUUACGUUUUCAGUUACCUACAAUAUAAUUAAGUUAUUAUAAUUAUUAGUAUUUUAAAAAAAAAAUUUAAACCAAAAUGACCAUUUUAUGUUCAACAAAAUGUGGGCGGAAUGCUGUUCUUAAGCGCCCAAAAACUGGUGAUACAUUAUGUAAAGAAUGUUUUUUUUGGGCAUUUGAACUUGAAAUACACAGCACAAUUAUCAAUGGUAAAUUGUUUAAAAAAGGUGAUGUUAUAGCAAUUGCUGCUUCUGGAGGUAAAGAUUCAACAGUUUUAGCUCAAGUUCUUAAGACUUUGAAUGAACGUUAUAAUUAUGGAUUAAAAUUAGUAUUACUAUCUAUAGAUGAAGGCAUUACUGGUUAUAGAGAUGAUAGUUUAAAAACAGUAUUAGAAAAUAAAGAUGAAUAUCAAAUGCCAUUGAAAAUAUUAUCAUAUCAACAGUUAUAUGGGUGGUCAAUGGAUAAAAUAGUUGCUGAAGUUGGACGUAAAAAUAAUUGUACAUUUUGUGGUGUAUUCAGAAGACAAGCUUUGGAUAGAGGUGCAAUGUUGUUAAAUGUUGAUUGUAUUGCUACUGGUCAUAAUGCUGAUGAUAUAGCUGAAACUGUUUUGAUGAAUAUUUUGCGUGGUGAUGUGGCUAGAUUGCAAAGAUGUGUUAAUAUUAUAACCACUACAGAAGGUGCUAUUCCUCGUUGUAAACCUUUGAAAUACACUUAUGAAAAAGAAAUAGUGAUGUAUGCAUACUUCAAGAAAUUAAAUUAUUUUUCAACUGAAUGUAUUUUUGCGCCAAAUGCUUAUAGAGGACACGCAAGAACUUUUUUGAAAGACUUAGAAAGAUUAAAACCAUCAUCUAUUAUGGAUAUAAUACAUUCUGGUGAGACAAUGUGUAUUAAAGAAAAUGUAAAAAUGCCUGAAAGAGGUGUUUGUACUAAAUGUGGAUUUGUGUCAAGUCAAGAUAUUUGUAAAGCAUGUAUGUUACUAGAAGGAUUAAAUCGAGGACUUCCUAAACUUGGGAUAGGUAAAAGUAGUAAAGCUAAUAAAGCAUUGGCAUCAUUAUCCAAUCCCAAAUCACUGAAUUUUUAAUGUAAUGAAUUAAAAAUUGUACAGCAUUAUAAUAGAUUAUAUGGAAUAAUUCAUUUUUAUAUUG